CUGUCUGUACAAGAGAAAGAAAUGACAGUAUGUACCACUGCUUACAUGUUACGACCUCGCCAGUCAAGUGGUUUACUUCAUCUUCAUCUUCUCUGCCGAACAGAUCGCUUCGGUGUGACCUGACAUAUAACGCCUCGACCAAAGUUAAAUGAAAAAUAAAUAUGUUCACAAUAUGGAUAAACAAACGGCAAGCUGCUAGGACCUGAAGUAGACGAUACUGCUGAUGAUGAGAAGAAAAUAAAUACAAAAAUAUUAUAACUGUAAGCAAUUGAGAACUUUUGGCAUUAGAGUGACACGUGGCAGUUAUAGUGACAAGAUGGCUGAGACUUAUUUCCGCUCGUGGGAGACAUCUUCUCUCAUCGCAGCUCUGGUCCUUGUCGUCAGCCUUCAUCUUUGUUUGUCAUCAUUCAGUGCUGCUGUACUUGCACAGGAGACAACAUCAUCUUGCCACAUUUCAAGUGUCAAAGAGGCGGAACCGACAAACAUAACAUGCACAUUUAGAGCGGAUGUUUUUGCGGCAAAAAACAACAUAAAAAUACUUCAUUUUGUUGAUGAGGAUAGCGAAGGUGCAAGGGUCGCAUUAUGUUCCUGGCUAGAAGAAGGAUUACAUUGCAACACAGCGUCAGGAUACGAGUUUACCAGCCAGACCCUUAAAGAUGGCGUCGUCAUCAGAGUACCACGGGCGUCACGUGAUCAGUCUGGACGAUACGCUUGUACCGUGCCAAGUUCUGCAUCCACAAGAUUUGCAUCUUGUAACCUAAUUGUCAUGACAGGUUAACGACAUGUACGAUCCCAUCUGUCAAACUGUCGUCCCAAACAUCGCUGACCUGCUACUUUCCAGAAGACAUCAGCAAGACCAGAACAGACAUUUCUGUCUAUCGUUAUUCGAUCCAAG